AUGCACCACAGAGAAAGAGUGAGCAAGCCUCUCUUCUUGGAACUGAAGCAUGAUCGCAUCUGGAAAAGAUGCAUCUUUGGCUGUAUGUUAGUAUGUGAAGAACUUCAUGGAUUGCUAUGUGACCCAUAUGUAAGCAUUUCUCACUGCUCAUCAAAUGAACGACCCCCACAAAUGGCACUCCAUGUUGCUGCCUUUGAGCCCCUGGAAGUGGACAUAAUUUUGAACAGUGGGGAUUUGCUGCCUGUGCUGUGGAAGGGAAGCAACAUGGGAGGCUCCAAUACAGUGCUCCUUCUCCAGCUUUCCGUGCUCGCUGUCGGCUCAGAAGCGUAUGAGACAGGGGACGGGCGGCCCGGCGGGGUCCACGGAUACGUAGGAGACACCUGCCGCCUCCGCUCCCACCGAGGGGUAGAAGGCGGCGCCACGCGCUGCCGUCAGGGCGAGUCCCCGAGGGGGGCGACGAGAAGCGGGCAGAACGGGGGUCGUUGCCCCCUCACACCCAGUCCGGCCGGCAGCGGCGCUCGGCGAGGGGCAGCCCAGCCCCGGGGCUGGGAACGGGUGCCAGCAGCGCCCGGGCGGAGCGGACGUCUCUCCCCCGAGGGUGGCGGGACUGAAGGAAGCACCCGCUGGGAUUUAAAAAAUCAAACCGAGGGUGCCCAGACGCUGCCGUCGCCCAACUCCUCUUUCACCAGCCUGGUGUCCCCAUACCGCACCCCCAUCUACGAGCCGACCCCGAUCCACCCGGCUUUCUCCCACCACCUCGCCGCCACCUACAGCACCGGCGCCUACACCGGGCCUCUCUACUCUUUUCCCCGCGCCGUCGGCGACUACGCGCACGCCCUGAUCCGACAGGACCCCCUGGGGAAGCCGCUGCUGUGGAGCCCCUUCAUCCAGCGGCCGCUGCACAAGAGGAAAGGUGGGCAGGUCCGCUUUUCCAACGACCAGACCAUCGAGCUGGAGAAGAAGUUCGAGACGCAGAAAUACCUCUCCCCGCCUGAGAGAAAGCGCCUGGCCAAGAUUCUGCAGCUCAGCGAGAGACAGGUCAAAACGUGGUUUCAGAAUCGCAGAGCCAAAUGGAGGCGUCUAAAGCAGGAGAACCCCCAGGCCACCAAAAAAGAAGAAGUAGAAGGUGCUGGUGGCCACAGUGACCAAAGGCCAGAGAGCUGCCCGACCCCUGAGCAGAAGGGUAAGGAGGUCUCCCUGGAUGGCUCACAGUACACCCCCUCACCAGCCUCUCAGGAGGACCUGGAGUCAGAUGUCUCCGAUGACUCUGAUCAAGAAGUGGACAUUGAAGGCGAUAAAGGCUAUUACAAUCCUACCCAAUAG